AUGGUCAAAGACAACGAAUACACCACAAAGGGCCUCCCCCCUCCCCCCCACGUCUCCAUCACCACAAAGCCCAUGGCCGGCCUCCUCGUCGACAUCUACGGCCUGGAAGAGCUGCCCCCAGCCCCCGCGCCCGUGUCAUGCCUGUGGCUGCUGCAUCCCCGAACGCGCGCAAGGGGCAUCAUGCACGACGUUGCGCGACGCACCAUCCACGCAUGGAACCAGAACCAGAACCAGAAGCAAAAGCAGAAGCAGGGCCAAGCUGUUCAGGCGAGGGGGCUCGUGGCGCUGGUGUUUGACAUGCCGAACCACGGCUCCCGGACGGUGAGCGAGCUGGCCAACAAGGCGUGGGACCAAGGCAACGAGCAGCACGCCAUGGACAUGCUGGGCUUUGUGAGGGCCGGCGCGGCGGACGUGAGCUUGUUGAUGGACCAGGUGGGCGGGUAUCUGGGCAGGGACGAGGUGGAUGGGCAUGUCUGUCUCGGAUGGAGCUUGGGAGGGCACGCGGCGUGGGAGAGCUGGUUUGCCGAGGAGAGGGUUGAUGCGGCGGUUGCGGUUGUGGGAUGUCCGGAUCUUGCGGGCCUGUUGAGUAGCCGGGCUGCGGCAUCAAAGCUGGACUGCGGCGAGACGGGGUUCCUGGGCAGCAAGUACUUCCCGGCCGAUACCAUUGCCGCCAUACGGAAGAGCGAUCCAAAGGGCAUUCUCUUCGGGACGGACCCCGUGCCCUCACUGCCCCUUUCUCAGGCCGAGCAGGACCGGCUGCGUAAGAUCUUUGAUGGCCGCAUCAGGGGCAAGAAGCUGCUCUUGUGCUCGGGGGCCGCAGACGAGCUUGUUCCGUAUAAGCACGCCCAGCCGCUGAUUGGCGUGUUGAAGGAUGCCGCCGAGGGAUGGUACAAGGAUGGCGGGCUGGAGGUGGAUGAUCGUGUGUAUGAGGGCGUGGGACACAAGUUUUCAGCGGACAUGGUGCGUGAUGCCGUGGAGUUUUUGGUGAGGGUUGUUGGGGAGGGGAGACGUGGGAGGGAUGCUGGUGAGGCGAGGGCGAAGAUGUAA